CGUGGGGUGAUGAUGACUGGGACAUGUUUACUCUGAGGACCUCACUGGGACAUGCGCUGAUGCAUGACAGCCAGCAAGAAGCUUUAGUCUAAUUGUGUCUUAGUUAAAGUUAAAAUUUUAAUGCUGCCUUUCCAACUUAUUGCUUACAUGCAGAUUUAUUACACAUGUUCCAAGUUCUAGUAGUUUUCACAAAAAAAGAAGAAGAAGAAAAAAGAACAGUUAUGUAAUGUUCUUGGUCAGGGAAGGAGCCACAUAAACCAUGCAGGAUUACCAUCUGAAGUUAACACACGCUUCAAGUUUCCACUGAAAGGCACAGUUAUGUUCGGUGUCAUUCUCCUCUCAAUCUUCUCCUCCCUGGUGAGUGCUGUGCCUCCCCCCAAUGCUCCCCUUGUCUCAUGCAGACACUGCUGUGAUCACAUGGGGCCAGCAGAGGGCAGCGGAGAUCAGCCGGCCAUGGGAGAGUUUAGUCACAUCCCAGAGGUCCGCACUUACAUCAAUAUGACCAUACUGAAAGGUGACAAAGGAGACCGUGGGAUAAGAGGGACACCAGGUAAAGCUGGACAGGAAGGCCCUCCAGGGUCCAGGGGACCAAUGGGCUCAAAAGGCAGUAAGGGCCAGGCAGGUCUUCCAGGAGAACCCUGCAAUGUUCAAUACUCUGCCUUCUCUGUUGCCCGUCGCAAAUCCCUGCAUAGCCAUGAUACCUACCAUACCCUGGUCUUUGACACAGUCUUUGUGAACCUGGAUGACCACUUCAACAUGUUCGAGGGGAAAUUUCUAUGCCACAUCCCAGGAAUCUACUUCUUCAAUGUCAACAUUCACACUUGGAACUUCAAGGAGACAUACCUGCACAUCAUGCAUAAUGACACAGAGCGGGCGAUUGUGUAUGCACAGCCCAGCGACCGCUCCAUCAUGCAGAGUCAGAGCCUGAUGCUGGAGCUGGAGCUGAACGACGAGGUGUGGGUCCGCCUGUUCAAGAGGGAGAGAGAAAACGCCAUCUACAGUGAUGAUGUAGAUGUUUACAUCACUUUCAAUGGAUACCUCAUCAAAUCCAGUGCAGGAGACAACUAAACAAAAGAGAGCAAAGCUACAUUACUUACAUACAUAAUAAUAGAAAAAAAUUUCAUUUUUAUUAAAAAGAAAUCAUGGGUGCAACCCACACAUACUGUCGUGUGGAAAAAAUUAGGACACCCUAUGAAAGCCUGUACAUUUUUGUAAUAAUUUAACAAUUGCAACUGAAGAAAAGACAUUACAAGGUUUUCUUUAAAAUGUCAUUCUACAAACAUGUAUAUUCUAACUGAGGAAAACGUUAGGACACCCAAUCCCCAAAUAGUUAGUAUGACCGCCUUUGGCAGAAAUAACUGCAACAAGAUGCUGGACCACCCGUUUCAAGUCACCCCACAACAUCUCAAUGGGAUUAAGAUCUGGGCUUUGCCUCUACCAUUCCAGAAUUCUCCAUUUCUUAGACUUCAACUAGUCCUUGGUGGAUUAACUGGGAUGUUUUGGAUCAUUGUUUUGGGUUCCAGUUACGCCUCAGCUUUAAUUUUCUCAUUGAUGGACUCACAUGUUCCUCAAGCAUACAUAAUAGAAUUCAUGGUGGAGUCUAUGAUUGCGAGCUUUCCAGGUCCUAUUGCACCAAAGCAAGCCCAAACCAUGACACCUCCACCUCCAUGCUUCACAGUUGGUAUGAGGUUCUUUUUCUGAAAUGCUCAAUUUUAUUUACGCCAAACAUAUCCUCUCUUGUGGUGUCCAAUUCAAUUUUGGACUCUUCUGUCCAAAGAACAUUAUUCCAAAAGUCCUGGUCUUUGUCUACAUUCUCUCUGGCAAGCCUAAGUCUGGCCUUGGUGUUUCUCUGAGAGAGCAAAGGUUUCCUCCUUGCACACCAUCCAUGCAAGGUAAACUUAUGCAGUCUCUUUCUGACUGUAGAGGCAUGUACUUUCACAUCAACAGUAGCUAGAGCCUGCUGUAGGUCCCCGUGAUUUUAGCAUCUAGCAGUCUGCUCUUAGACUGAACUUGCAUGGAGGACCAGACUUGGACAUGUUGGCAAUCAUUUUGAAAGCCUUCCACUUGCUGCCUAUUUUCCAGACAGUGGAAUGCCUGAACUUAAAAUCUUUUGAGAUCUUUUUAAAACAAGAUUAAUAAGCUGCUAGAAUUUUCUUCUCACCAUGGUGCUCACUUUCACUUCAGCAGUCUGGAGCACAUGAAAGUAAAUAUCUGAGGUUUAAUUCUGUGGUACACAUGUGUGUGUGAGUUGAGCCAAUUCAAUUGGGAAUAAAUGUCGGGCUGUCCUAAUUUUUCCCUCAGUUAAAACGUUUUUUGUUUUUGUUUUGUUUUAAUUGUUUAAUUAUAUGUUUAUCUUUCUAAGUCUUGUUUAAAUUGAGGUUAAAUAUCCAUAUAUUUUAUAUACAUAUAUAUAUAUACAUAUACAUCUGUAGCAUAAUAUCAACAAUAUGACUGUGAGAAUACACUCAACUCCCCAGACUUUUUAUUGAAAAUACUUUUUAAGAAGGGAUUUUUAAAAAAAGUUAUUUAAAAGAUAAAAUUUAAUUAAAUAAUUUUUUUUUUUUUUUAACAAAAAACUUCUUAAAAAUUUAAAACAGAUAUUUUUUUCCUUAGAGGUGCUAAUCUCAUGUCUGUGUGUAUAAAUGAAGCAGGACAAAGCCUGGGUUAGAAAAAAAGACUAGAAACAGGAUGAAACUGGUGAAAUUAAUCAUUACUCAGGACAAAUUGUAGUUGUUUGAGUACAAGCCUUCAGCAGCUUGCUGGACUGUUACUGUCUGCUUGUCAUCCUGGUUGGCAGAUUUAUCUUUUUUUUUUCUUUGUAACACGCCAAUGUCAAUGUUUCUGUUUCCAAUAUUUGUGCAGCACUAUCCUAAUCAAUCAGAAUAAAAUUCCUGCUAAUGCUUGCUAUUUAACAAACGAGUGGCACUGAUCUUGUAAUCCUCAGAAGAAUAAAAACAUAUGUGUGUAUUUCUAAAGUAUCAAAGCUGCUACUGAGCCCUGUCAACCACAGAAAACAUAUCCAGAUGUAUAAAGAUAAAUUACAAGCAAAAACACAGGAUAUAAUUCUUUGUGAUAAAAGAUAAAAGUUGAAUGUCAGUAUUCUCACGCUAAAAGACAUGAGAUGUAGAAUAUAAGCAGUGAGUGUAUUGUGAGUAAUUGCAGUUGUUCAAACUUUGCUCUUUCUUUUUGCUGCAUUUGAAGCUCAACAGAAGUUAUUUUAAUAGUGUAGAACAACACACAAAAAGCUUAAAAUUAGUAUAAGUGACACAAGAAAAAUGCCUGAUGUGGUGUGAAGUUUACAAGCAGCGGAAAAAGUGUAAAUUCCCAGUAAAGACAGAAACCAGUAAAUGAAACUAAAUUUAUAGAUUGGUAAAUGGAAUCAUAUUUAAGGUAAACUAGACUGCUGCCAUUUAAAUGAUGA